CUAUAUAAUUAUAUGUGUAUAUAAUUAUAUUUUCAUGUGCUCCGAAACUCUAUAUAUAUAUAUAUGUAUAUUCGGUGUUGGAGUAUGUACGUUUAAUAAAUUUAUCUGAACGUGAGCUGCAUUUAAUUCAAUAGAAUAAUAGAAUAUCUAAUUGUGAAUUAAUAUCGUUAAAAAUAAUUUUAUUACCGUACAACGGCAUAUUGACCUAUUCUGUGGUAAAAUGGAUGGGGAAGAAGAUAAUAGUAAAAAAAGUCGCAAGGCCUCUAGAGGUCGUACUAGGGGAAGAGGAAGAACAAAAACUAAAGGGCGCACUAAAAAAGCUGUAAAAGUUAUUGAAAGUGAUGACGAUGACAUUCCUCAAGAAGAUGACAGCGCAAUGGAUACUAUCACUGGUGAGUCACAACCACAAGAGGAGGUACCCCAAACUCAAUCUGCACAAGUACCACAAGCACCACUGGCACAGCCUGUGCAUGUAGCACCACCAGUGCAACAGCCACACCAAACUACUCACCACACUCCUUUAACUCAUCAACCUAGUAUGGAAACACAAUUUGAUUUGGAGGCUGAUAUUUCUCAAUUAGAAGCUCCAACAUUCACAACUAUCAAUCGAGGACCACCUGAACCAAUGCUAAGGUUAAGAUGGGACCAUCGUGUUAAUUUGAUUGGCGAGAAAGUUCUUAAUCCAAUGAUUCACUGCUGUGAUAAGUGCUUGAAACCUAUUCUAAUAUAUGGUCGAAUGAUACCUUGCAAACAUGUAUUCUGUUUGGCUUGUGCAAAGAAGGAAGAUAAAGUCUGUCCUAGAUGUAUGGAAAAAGUUUCAAGAGUUGAACAAACUGGUCUUGGCACUGUUUUCAUGUGUACACAUGGUGGUACAAGAUAUGGUAAUGCUGGAUGUCGAAGAACAUAUCUUAGUCAAAGAGAUUUACAGGCUCAUAUAAACCAUCGACACGUAGCGGCACCACCACCACCACCACAAGUGCAAAAUAUACAAUUGGAUGGUCCACCAGCGUAUAUGCAACAUGCAAAGAAUGAUAUGUACAUAGAUCAGCAACACAUGCCAAAAGGUGUACCAAACAAUCGCAUGAAGCCUAGCCACUCAGUUCCUCCGGUGGUGAUGGGCAACGAUCCACGUAUUAAUACAGUUGUCAAUCAACCACCCACGUCUUUGGAUCACAGACAAGUUCCACAUCGACAUUACUCACAAAGUUCGGUCGGUUCACAGCAACAGUCCAGCAGCGCUCCAUUGCGCUCGAACCUUAUAACUGUGCCCAUUCAGGAUACUACUCCUUUAACUCCGCAUGAAUUGCCACCGCAAACUCAUCAUUACUAUCAUCCAGAUAAUCAUGUUAAUGCUAACUUGACAGCAAGACAUGUGGUAUUAUCUGGACAACCUCCGCCACCAGUUCCUCAGGUGAACUAUGGUGGAUACAAUGUAAAUCCAACAGUACAACCUCAGCAAUACUACAAUCCUCAGAUGGCUUACGUAGCACCGCAGCAACAGUAUGGAGUUACUUCAGCACCGAGGUCAGCGUACGUGCAGGAUGCUACUUAUGUACCACCUCAGCAACCUCAACCGCCACCUCCACAACAGCAACAGUGGGGCCAGCAUCAACAGCAGUUUUACAGAUAAAAUACUGUUUUAUAUAGAGAUCCAAGUGGAGUGCGAGAUAUAGUUAAAUAGCAUUCGUUUGGAUUUGCUCGAGACAAUGAUGCUUGUUAGAAAUGUCGAUCUAUAUGGUCUUCGUCCAAAAUUCGCUCAAAUUCAACGACUUUUGAGAGAAAUGCUAGUCACGUGUGUAUUAUGCGUAAUUUCUGCACGAGCAGAGGUGAAAUUCGGGCUAUCUCGGAGCAAUUACCUGAAGAAUUUGUCGUAUAUAGCAGUUUUGCACGAGUUUCAUAUGAACGUCUUUUUAAUGAGGAUUGAGUUAAGUGUGAUUCGUUGAGUGUACAUACAGCUAUUGACUAAAAUGUUUGUCGAUUGUUUAUUUUUUUUUGAAGAUUGUACUCAUUCAUCGAUCAUCUCUAUUAUUAGCCUGGUAAUAUUUUUAUACAAUAAUUUAUCGAUAUUGUCUACCGUAAAACUUUUUUAAUUAGUAUUAUUUUAUUUUAUUUUUUUCAUUCAUAUAUAUGUACUGCAAAAUUUUAAUUGCAUUUUUCAUUUAAGUUCAAGUUAUGAGUUUAAAUAAUUGACUUUUAAUUACAUCCUAAUAUUAUGAUUUAUAUUUUUUUUCUAAAAUAUCAAUUCAUUAAAACAAUUUAUAUUUUGAACAGGACAAAGUUUAAAUUAGAGAUCUAUUUUGAGUUAUAAGCGUGAGAUAAAAAUGUUCAAUCUAAUGAAUCGUAAAACAUUGAUACGAAUUUAUUGAAACUGUAAUGAUCAAAAAUGUUUUUUUUUGUUAGUGAUUAUGUUUUACUUUAUUCCAAAAUUGUUUUUCUGAAGUUCAGUACUAUGUACCGAUAAUUUAAGCUUAAAGUUUCUUAGUAAGCGUCGGGCAACAGUAAAUAAUUGUAUAUACAUAACGGUAUUUUGAAACUGUUUUGAACUUGAAAAUUAUUUCUAAUUAUUAUUCUGUUUUAUAAAACUUAUAUAACUAUAAAAAUCAAUUUUUCAACGUAUUCAGAAAAUCCAGUUUUCAGUAUCAAUUUUUUCACAGUAAAUCAUUCUGAAUGGAUAACGAAGUAUUCAAAAUGACAUCUCUGUUGUCUGCAGAUAUUGUAUGACAAUUAUUUUAAGCAUACAUUUAAAGUAUGGAAAUGAGAUAUAUUGAGUUAAAUAGCAAAAGUUAGCUUUUAAAAGAAUUUGCUGUGAAGAGCUGAUAUUGUUGAUAUAUUUUAUAUUUUUCAUCAGAUGAGAACCAACAAGCGUGCAUUAAAGUUGUACAGCAAUAAACAGAAUUUUGCAAACUCGCUUUGAUGCCUUUCUUUUACUUUUAUUACUCUAUUACCAUGACGAAAUCAAGAGAAUAAUUAUAAAUUUAUUAUCUUAUUUAUUAUUAAUAAAAU